GUGUACAAGACAAUGAGUGGUGUACAACUGCAAAGUGCUUCCUCUGCCUUGGCCACAGGGUCACAGAAAAAUGGUACGGUGACUGCGGCAACCGGUGCAGAGACCAAGCCAAAGAAGAAAAUUUGCUGUGCCUGCCCGGACACUAAAAGGUUGCGAGAUGAGUGCAUAGUAGAGCACGGUGAAGCGGCUUGUGCAAAAUGGAUUGAGGCUCAUCGACUGUGCCUCCGUGCUGAGGGCUUCAAUGUUUGAGGUCGAUAGUGAGUUAUAGGAGAAAAAGAUACUAGUAGACGAUGACCUCAUUUGAUUUUAUGAAAUUGACACAGAUUUUGGGUUACAAUUUUCAGAUUGACAUUUUAAACUUUGAAUAAAACUGAGAAACUGAUUGCUACAUGCAAUUCAUAGUUUUACCUUCUAGCUUUUUGAAUCUGCGGGUUCUACCAUGUUAGUUUUUUUUGAGACUGAAAUACUUAAAUAAAAUUACAAUUUGUUA